AUGACUCGAAAUAAUCUGCCGGACAACAUCGCCUGGUUGUUGAAGAACGCUGCGCUAUCAAAACCUACCGCCCCUCAAUUUCCGCAAGCCAGCGAUACAGGAUCGUUUCGAUUCACACAAUCGCAGUCUACAAACGGUCGCACGGCAAAUUUAAGCCAGGAGACUACCGUAUCAGCUGGAUCAGACAGACGGACGAACCAGGCUCAGGGAUCUUGGAGUUCAAAUGGCCCGCCAAAGAGGGAGGAAGCUUCACAAAAUACAGAAGUGGUGGUUUUAGAGGACGACAGCAUGGGCCGUCUGACCCUGUCAACCAAAUCGAGAAAACCUGUGCUCCUGUCACAAAAUGUCAAGAGAGAAGCCCCUUCUUCAGCAGAUGGCCGGUCUAAACAAGUUUUAAACGAGUCACUCAAGACGAAUGCAAUCCCGAAACCUGAGAAACAAACACAAAAUGGCAUCUCACCAGGAAAACCAGCUCCAUCACGGCAUAAUCAAUCUCCAGGGCUUGACGCCGAUUUUGCAGAUUUUGACGUUGAUGACUUGGAGUACAUGGAUCUAACCAGAACAACUGGCACAUCCGACGAAUCUGACGAGUUUGGUGAAGAUGUCAAAGUUUGGACGGAAAAGGAUGCAUCUUGGGAGGCGCCGUUACCUAAAUCCAAAAAGAGGAAGAGUACCGAUGACGCCGCUGCUGAUAGCCAAUUUCCCGAUGUUUAUCAGCUCCUGGGAACUGACCCUCCAGUCCCGACUCCUGGUCGGCGUUCCGCAAAGAAAGCUGCGCAGAAUGCGUCUUCCAAGAUGUCUUUGCCGGGGUCUUCAUCUCCCUUAGGACGAGUCGCUAGUCGAAAAGCACCAUCUCCUAUCAGACAGACCCCAGAAAAAGACUAUGUCAUCAGUAGUUCUGAAAGACGAAAGAAGGUGAAAAUCACCGGGCAACGGUCUGCGUCCCCGGAUCCUCAGGAUUUCGACGAGGAUAUUCAACAACCGGAGCAAAACCAAGCCGACGAGUUUUUCAUUCCCGACUCAGACGAUGAAUUCGUUACACCACCGUCGCGUACAACUACUUCGAAGAAGCAGCCAAUGGAACCGUUGAUCGAUCCACAGGAGGAAGACGCUUUCAUUAUGGAUAUUGAGGAUUUGCAUGUAUCUCCUCAGCCGAGACGAAAACAGUCAUCGCCACCUUCUCAGCGUGUACAAGCCAAAGGUCUCCAACCUUCUCACCAUAGUUUGUCUGAAACCCAGAGUACAGCUACUGCCGACAAUGUCAGCGAAAUCAACAACCCACAGCAGUCGUUUACGCCAUCCAGCCAAACGCCAAAACUCUUAUCCCUCAUUUUGGGGAAUCCGCAGCUUCUAGCUAAAAGGUGUGAAUACUUGAACAGUCAAAUUCAGAAGAACGAGCGGAGUUUUAUGCAAGCUAUCAAUGCUAGAUUACCCAAAGACAAGAGGAAUGAGAUCAAAGCAGAGAAAGAACGAUUCAUCCAACAGCAAAAGGCGACUCAGGAUCUCAACGGAUUGGUUGAGCGCUACAAAACUCUAAGUGAGCAACGAGAAGCAGUUGCUCAACAGGUGGCUCGAUCAUAUUCCAAUGGCCAAGACACAGAUGAAGAUGAAGCCCGACUAGAUGAGCUUACUGAGCGCAUCGAGGCAACAGAGCGAGAGCUUUUCCAAAUGAUGGGCUCAGCAGGCCUUGAUGAAGCAAGUCUUUUGGAGCCUCUGGAAGUCCCGGCUCCGAGUAGAAGAGAUGAGCAUAUCGUUGUGCUGGGAACUCAGGCUGGUCAUGGGGGCAUGGUCAACAUGUCACGGAGCUCAAGAGACGUCCCAUUGCCCAUGGGAGGCACUCAAGUUGUUCAUCAAACCCAACUUCCUGAACCGCGCCCUCCAAUGAAUCGGGACAUGGGCGCUGAGGAAGAUUUCUUCUCUGAUAUCGACGAUAUGGAGAUGCACUUGUUGCCUAAGCCGGUGAAAAAGACUACUCAGUUCGACACACGCAAAACACCUCAGAGAAACCGCGCUCAGCGAGCAGGAAAUGAAUUCAGCGAUUUCAGUGACGACGCUGAUAUGCUUGCGUUUGCUCAAGACUACGAGGUACGCCAAACUGCCGGCGAACCGUCUCUGGAUCCUCGACGGGCGUUUUCCGAAACAUCUGGAAACGCUGGGCCCGCACCAAAGCAGAAGCAGACCUCAAAAAGGCAGCCGCCUUCCGAUUCAUCACAGACAAGGAUACCGCCUGAGCUCAUGAGACAUUCUUGGUCUGCAGACGUACAGAAGACAUUGAAAGAUCGCUUUCGGAUGAAAGGAUUCCGACAGAACCAAUUAGAGGCCAUUAACGCUACGCUCGCUGGUGAUGAUGCCUUUGUCCUGAUGCCAACAGGCGGUGGAAAAUCUCUCUGUUACCAACUUCCAGCUGUCGUCAAAUCCGGCAAGACGAGAGGUGUCACCAUCGUUGUGUCACCUCUGCUGAGCUUGAUGCAAGAUCAAGUAGAUCAUAUGAAAGCCCUGGGGAUACAGGCCGUUGCAUUCAACAGCGAGUGUUCUCCAGAAUACAAGCGGCAAGUCAUGUCUGCUUUUAAUGAACGUAAUCCGGAGCACUUCAUCGAGCUCCUCUACGUCACGCCUGAAAUGGCUAGCAAAAGCCCUCAGUUCAUGAAUGCUUUACAAAGCUUGUACCGGAGUAGAAAAUUUGCCCGUAUUGUCAUUGACGAGGCUCACUGCGUUAGCCAGUGGGGGCAUGAUUUCCGACCCGACUACAAGACCCUGGGACAGCUUCGAUCCAAAUUCCCCCAGGUUCCGGUCAUGGCCUUGACCGCUACUGCUACUCAGAACGUCAUUGUCGAUAUCAAACACAAUCUUGGUAUGAACAACUGCCAAGUCUUUUCACAAAGCUUCAACCGUCCAAACCUGUAUUACGAAGUCCGGCCCAAGUCUUCCAAUCCGGUUGCGACGCAGGCAAUCGCUGCUCUGAUCAACUCCAAGUAUCCCAACGUUACUGGAAUUGUUUACACAAUCUCACGGAAGCAAGCUGAAGAUGUUGCCCAGAAGCUUUCUGAGAAUGGUAUCACGGCUCGUCAUUACCAUGCUGCAAUUACACCCACGGAAAAGGUGGAAGUACAAACAGCGUGGCAGAAGGGGCAAGUCAAAGUUGUAGUGGCAACUAUUGCUUUUGGCAUGGGAAUCGAUAAGCCGGACGUGAGAUUUGUUAUGCAUCAUGGCAUCCCGAAGAGCUUAGAAGGUUACUACCAGGAAACUGGACGUGCGGGUCGAGAUGGGAAACCCUCCGAUUGUAUUCUGUUUUAUGGCAAAGCGGACAUAAGAGUCCUCAAAAGACUGAUCAUUGACGGAGAGGGCAGUAAAGACCAAAAAGAAAGACAGAUGGCUAUGCUGAACCGUGUGACGGCAUUUUGCGACAAUAAAGCAGAUUGUCGACGAACUGAAGUCCUCCGCUAUUUUGGGGAGGAUUUUACUCCGUCACAAUGCCACAAGACUUGCGACAAUUGCCAAGCGGGGCUUGUUUUUGAGCAGCAGGACUUCUCUGAAUACGCCAUUGCCGCCAUACGAAUUGUGCAGCAGCAGCAGAGAUUAACGGCAAACCAGUGCGCGGAUAUUUUGAUUGGCAGAAAGUACCCAGACAACCAAGAAGAAAACUCGUAUGAGUAUCACGGCAUGGCUAAGGGGAUGAAGAAGCACGAGAUGGUGCGCGUUAUUGACCGCCUCUCAGCUGAGAAGGGCUUCCAUGAGGAAAAUAUCGUUGGAAAUCAUGGAGUCGCCAUUCAAUAUCUCCAAAUCGGACCUGCCGCCAACCAAUUCUUGUCAGGGAGGCGGAAGCUCAUGCUGACGGUUCAGGUUUCAGACAGCGUUGAUUCAAAUCAGACGAAGAUAAAAAAACCGAGAGCCAACAAAAAGCAGAAAGAGCCCGCCAAUAACGUGCAAUCCACCUAUGUCUCGUCACCCAUUAAUACACGCAGAAAACGGGCAGCCGUUAUUGAUAGUGAUGACGACUCAAACUUGCCGACCACAUCAAACGGCUAUGUGAAUGAUGGUUUCGUUGUGUCGGAUGAAGAAUUGGAAGACGAAGCCGAAGAAGACAUGGACGAAGACGAAGAGGCUUUCGAACCACUCCCUCAACACCGACCAGCGAAACCUACCACUUCAAAACCUAGUUCCAAAAAGGCACUGCGGCCAGAACCUAUCCCAAGCAAACGUAGGCUGCAAGACUUGCCGGAUAUCCACCAAGAUGUAGUGGAUGCCUUUGUUCAAGCGGCACGCCAAUUGGAAGAGCGAAUUCGGAACGGACUUGGCCUUAGGCGACCAAUGUUUACAGACACUCACCUGCAAGAAAUGGCCAUUAACUGGACCACCUCCAUCGAGAGGAUGAGCCGCAUUCCUGGAAUUGACGUCGACAGAGUCCGGGAGGUUGGCCCAAAGCUGAUACAAAUGCUCAAUGUGUAUCAUAAAUCGUAUCGUGAGAUUGCCGGGACGGGGGCGGGUGAGGCUUCUGCCUUAACGUCUAACUUGGAUCAAGAAAUAGUGGACUUGAUUAGUUCAGACCUCGAUAUCGAUGAGGAUGAAGAGGAGGCUAUGGGAGGUGGAGAGAGUUCUCAUUACUUUGUUGCCAAGCCAUCAGCCGAUGUCCAAGCUUUCAAUGAUAGGCUGCAAAGUCUGAAUGACCAACCGAGCCAAUCGAGAGGCAGAUCCUCUUCCUACAGUCGAGGAGGAGGUAACAGAAAGUUCUCUGGUAAAAGAUGGUCCAAGAGAGGCGGUUCUGGUGGAGGGUCUCAACGUCGGGGUGGUGGCUCCGGCAGGAGAGGUGGCGGUUCCUCAAGCGCUGCUGGCUCGUCGUCUCGAUCUGGCGGUGCAAGUAGUAGCGGCGGCGGAUUCAAGCGUGACGGCAGAAUCGUCAAGAAGAGUGGAGGAGGUAUCGGGUUGAUGCCUCUAUGA